AUGCAGGCCUCGUUAAAGCCUAACCGCAACUCGGACGGCUGCUGGACUUGUCGGCUGCGCAAAAAGAAGUGUGAUCUUGGGCAGCCGACGUGCGUAAGCUGCGCGUCUCUUGAGAUUGAAUGCGUGUACAGCGACGCCAAGCCACCAUGGAUGGACGGUGGCGAGUUGCAACGGGGACGAGCUGAACAGGUCAAGGCCGAAGUCAAGCGGCGGGCCACGUGGCGGCGCGAGAAACGGCAUGUCGUCGGCGACAUGGAUGGUGAAACCAUGAUCGACCUGGAAAUGGCGGACGGGUUGGACGGCGUGCACCUGUCAGCUAGGGCUGCUCAAGUAAAUGUCCACGUGGAACCGGCCACGGCUUUUGCGACUCCGAAACAGUCGAGCACGAUUGAUGGCGACUCAUUCAAUGCAACGACAUACACACCGCAAUCAUCUUCCUGGACGACUGAGCACAGCCCCAACUCGUCUGCGACUGCCGUCUCGCCUGCCUCUUCGCGCGACCAUCAUCAUGAUGCGGUGGCAGCGGUCGCCACAGUGCUUCCGAGCAACAGGGAACUGUCGCAAGUCAUGGCCUACCUCGACUACGUCUUCCCGUUCCUCUACCCAUUCUACCGGCCCCCGAUCUUCUCGGGUGGUCGCGGCUGGCUGCUUGCCCUCCUAAUGAGCAACAAAGCGCUGCUGCAUGCGUCGCUCACGCUCGCCUCGUUCUUCAUGGCUGUGUGGUUCCGCCAGGACGAACUCGCCGAUGGACAGGCCGGAGACGGUAAAAAUGACGGCGGCAGCAGUGGAGGAGCGCUAGGAGACCAGGAGGAGAAGGGUCGGCACGUACGUACGUGCCAGGCCGCCGCGUGGACGGACAUGCAGACGCAGCAGGAGCUGAGCAUGCGCAGCCUGAUGGAGGACAUUGCCGACAUCAACGAGCACGGGGUCAAGGGCCGGCUCAGGGAGGGCAGCAGGACGCUGGCGUCCAUCAUCCAGAUCCUCUGUUUCGAGGUGGCCGUGGGCAACGCCGCCGGGUCCUGGAGCCUCCACCUCGACGGCGCCAUCGUGCUGCUCGACCAGAUGCUGCAGCUCAACGCGCGGUCCGUCACGAGCCCGGCGGGCGACACCAUCGUCUGCUGGCGGUCUCUCCUGGUCGCGCUUGAUCUCGAGGACGGCGGCGAUGGGAGUAUCCCGUCUUGGCUGUUGAGCUCCGACCAGGCCGCGCUGCAGUUCUUCUCGGCUGCCGCCAUCUACUUUGACAUUGUCAGCAGCACGGCGCUGGAGCAGCCCCCGCGGCUUGCCGGCUACCACCCCUCGCUGUUGGCCACGCCUUCGGAGCACCUGUCCGCGGUUUCGCCCCGCGUCUCGCCCGAACUGGUCAUGGAACACGUGGGCCCGCGCGGCCUGGCUGAGGACCUACCCCCCGUCGACCUGGGCGUGGUCAGCGGGGCGGCCAACUGGGUGCUCGUGUGCAUUGGAGAGACGGCGGGGCUGGACGCAUGGAAAAAGGCCGAGAGGAGGCACGCGCGGCUGGACAUGAUCGAGCUGGUGACCAGGGCCGGGGUGAUCGAGAGGAAGCUGCGGCAAGGUCUCGAGAAGAUGGAUGCGGCGGCGGGCGGGAGACGCAAAGGCGGUCAAGGUGUAAAUGGUGCGGCAGCCGCUAGGAUCAAAGUCCCGUCGUACACGCCGCCGCCGAUGCGACCAGACUGUCCGACGCAAGGCCCACCGGACGAGGACACGCACGACCUGACGACGCGCAUCUGGGCGUACGCGGCGCUCGCGUACCUCGCCGUUGUCGUCAACGGGUGGCAGCCGGCCUCGGGGACGAUCCGGGCCAGCGUUGACGCCGCGCUGUCCCUCCUCUCGGCCCUCGCCGCCAGCAGGCCGUUCUGCCUCCAGACGGUGGGCUGGCCGCUGGCGGUGGCCGGGUGCCUCGCGGCGAGGGAGCAGGAGCGGCGGUUCGGGGCGCUGGUGGAGGGCAUCGGCGGCGGGCUCGAGGUGUUUGGCGCGGUCAGGGAGGCCCUGGCCAUCAUGGAGGGCGUCUGGGCCCGGAGGGGCGAGAUUGAGGGUGCCGCGGUCGACUGGGAUCUGAGCAAGUGUUUUGGUAUCAACGGGCGGAGGGCGUUUUUGGUAUAA